UCUCUAUCUGUCUCUCUGUCUCUGUCUCUCUGUUUCUGUCUCUCUCAGGUUGUCUAGCCAGUGAUGAGAUCAUGUCUGAACCUGUGCGAGGUCGUCUCGGUCACUCUGUGUCUCUUCAGUGUAAAGUUAAAGGUGAAGUGACGGUGACUCUGUCUCAUUGGACCCGCUGUAACGACUCGUACUCCAUCGCUGUCUUUUAUCCCAGAUCUAACAGUACACCUAUCGCUAACGUUAUGGAGCCCUACAUGAGCCGCGUCUCAAUCGAGGAGUACCACACUCUCAACAUUAAUCCGGUGCAGGAUGGAGAUUUUGGAAAAUAUUGCUGCAAAGUGACCACAUUCCCCCAAGGGAGUCUGGAAGGACGAGUCCAACUUCUGAAAUACGAGGAACAGAACGAAGAAGUGGACAAACCCAAAAGCCCACCUGCAGGUCUGCCUGUGAUGAUGAUAGUGUACAUCACUUGUGGAGUCCUUGGGUUUGUUAUUUUGACCGGGAUCACCGUGCUGGUUUUUAAGACAAAAAGGAGGAGUAAAGUGCGAAACCCGAUGCAUGUGACGGUGACCCCGGCCUCCCUCACACCCAAACAGCCAUCACUCCUACACACACCGAGAGACUUUCACACACCGUCACACGCACCGUCACACACACCCAGACGUGAAGACAAGGAUGAUGAUGAUUAUGAUGAUGAUAUGUACCUGACAGUGACAAACUUAGAGCCGUAGGGAACUGUUCUACUCUUUAAACCCAGGUUAGCUGUGAGCAGGUGUAGUUGUGUAAAUGAUUAUCUGUGGCGUAGUUUGUGUAAAUGUUGCUGUGUUUUUAUUAUUAAAGAGAUAUGUUCU